CCUCGGCGAGCGGGAGGGCUCUUCUCACCAGCUCUCGGUGAAGGCAGCUGAUAGAGGAACCGCCUCCCCGCUCCGACACCGGCCGCGGCACUCUCUCCCCUUACAGCGGGGCCUUGCCCUUUCCCAAGAUGGCGGCGCGAGCUUCGCCCCGCUCCAAGAUGGCGGUGGGGAGGCCACGCCCCCUGGCGGUCGAGAGGGGCGGCGGGGCGGUGUCGCCCGGUGUCGCCGGUGUCCUUGCGGCGGGCGGCGGCCGGGCAGGCGCGGAGCCAUGCUGGCCUUCGUGGCGAGGGCUGUGCACGUUGUCAGGUGGAAGAGGAAACCGAGACAGGCCGAGGGAGAGGUUUACGAUCUUUUCUGUCCUCCCAGCCAUGGAUAGGAAGCAGAAGCAAGCAGAGAAGGCCAGGCCCUAUGGCCUGCUGAAGCCAACAGCUUUAGGCAAGAUCCCAGGCAGAUUCCAACUUCAUCAGGAAGCAUUGCCACAUCUCCCCGUGCCGCCACUCCAGCAAACACUGGACCGCUACCUGCUGGCUCUGCAGCCCAUCAUCAGCGAGGAGGAGCUGCACCACACGCAGGAGCUGGUGGCCGAGUUCCGCAAGCCGGGAGGUGUCGGGGAGAGGCUGCAGAAAGGCCUGGAGAGAAGAGCCAAGAAAACGGAGAACUGGCUCUCAGACUGGUGGCUGAAGACGGCUUACCUGGAGUAUCGCCUGCCAGUUGUGGUCCACUCCAGCCCAGGUGUGGUUUUACCAAAGCAGGAUUUUCUGGAUCGACAAGGUCAGCUCAGGUUUGCUGCCAGGCUGAUCGAGGGUAUCCUGGAUUUCAAGACCAUGAUUGACAAUGAGACCCUCCCAGUGGAGUACAUGGGCGGGAAGCCCCUCUGCAUGAACCAGUACUACCAGAUCCUCUCAUCCUGCCGCAUUCCUGGGCCCAAGCGGGACUCCAUUGUCAACUAUGCCAAAGGCAAAAAGCAGUCCAGACACAUCACAGUGGUUCACAACUUCCAGUUCUUUGAGCUGGAUGUUUACAACAGUGAUGGAAGUCCCCUUACCACUGACCAGCUCUUCAUUCAGCUGGAGAAGAUAUGGAACACCUCUCUCCAAACAAACAAAGAACCUAUUGGGAUCCUCACUACCAACCACCGAAACAGCUGGGCAAAAGCCUACAACAACCUUCUGAAAGAUAAGACCAACAAGGAAUCUGUGCGAACAAUUGAGAAAAGCAUUUGCACUGUCUGCCUCGAUGCGCCUAUGCCACGGGUGUCUGAGGACAUAUACAAGAGCCGUGUGGCUGCUCAGAUGCUGCAUGGUGGAGGCAGUCGCUGGAACAGCGGGAACCGAUGGUUUGACAAAACCCUUCAAUUCAUCAUUGCUGAAGAUGGCUCCUGUGGUCUUGUAUAUGAACACGCUCCCUCAGAGGGCCCACCCAUUGUUGCUCUUCUGGAUCACAUCGUGGAGUAUACGAAGAGACCUGAGCUGGUAAGAUCGCCCAUGAUUCCUCUGCCAAUGCCCAAAAAGCUGCGGUUUAACAUCACCCCAGAAAUCAAGAAUGACAUAGAGAAGGCAAAGCAGAACCUCAACAUAAUGGUUGAAGACCUGGAUGUCAAAGUCAUGGUCUUUCAUCAAUUUGGGAAAACCUUCCCCAAGUCAGAGAAGAUAAGUCCCGAUGCUUUUAUCCAGCUAGCCUUGCAGUUAUCAUAUUACAGGAUGUACGGCCAUGCCUGCGCCACAUAUGAGAGUGCAUCGCUAAGGAUGUUCCGCCUGGGCCGCACAGACACUAUCCGCUCCACUUCUGUGGACUCUCUUAAGUUUGUGCAAUCAAUGGACAGCCCUGACAAAUCGGACCAGGAGAAAGCAGACUUGCUGAGAAGAGCUACCCAGGCCCACAGGGAAUACACUGAUAUGGCAAUUAGGGGCAAUGCAAUAGACCGCCACCUCUUAGGCUUGAAGCUUCAAGCUAUUGAGGACCUAGUGAGCAUGCCUGAACUGUUCAUGGACACGGCCUAUGCUGUCGCAAUGCACUUCAAUCUCUCAACCAGCCAGGUCCCAGCAAAGACAGACUGCGUGAUGUGUUUUGGUCCCGUGGUUCCAGAUGGCUAUGGAAUCUGUUACAACCCUAUGGAUGAACACAUCAACUUUGCAAUUUCAGCCUUUAACAGCUGUGCCGACACAAAUGCAGCCCGCAUGGCACACUAUCUUGAGAAAGCACUGCUAGACAUGAGGAUCUUGCUCCAGUCCACUCCCAAAUCCAAACUGUAAGAGGCAAACGUGAUGCAAAACCCCCAACGAAAGGGACUAUCCCUCAUGCACUGAAGUUCCCAGUUCCUCGGAAAAUGAUUGAGAGGAUGGCUUCCCCUGACUGGAACCUAGGAGGGCAUCUACCACUUGUUUUCAGCACGAGAUUACAGAAUGGUCAUCUGCAGAUAUUAGACUCUGUGGCGAGAGGAAACAUUGUCUUAAGCCAAAGUACAACUGACUGGUCCUCUCCCAUCAACACAAAGUGCACCUUCCAGUCCUCAAAGAGGACUGAAAUAUGAUUUUUAUGGAAUUUCCUGUCAAGGAAUAUAGAAAGCACAGUCCUUACCAGUAUCUAAAUCCAUUUGGCGAGGAAGGUAGUUCUUCUCCAGGAAAAGCAGGGAAUGUUUAUUAUAUGAUGGAACUACUGUAAGACCAAGUCUUUUUGCUGUUUUUUCUGAAGAGCGCAACUUCUUUCAAACUUGACUGAAGAUUUUUCUGCUGCUCCAGCAAAAUGUCACCAUUGAACUUUGGCAAGGGGAGAAAGAAGUUCUUAAGUCAGAGCAGAUCCAGUCUUGUUAAGAGUGCGCUCUAACAAUUACAUGCUUUACAGGCCUGGAAAUGUUCCCUUCCCCUCGGAGGAUGCUGGGAUCUCCUUUCUGUUGCACUGACCCCAUUAACAACAGAAUAUCAUUUGCUACAAACAAAGGUGUUUUGUUGUUGUUCUGGGCUUUUUGUUAAGCUUGCUGUUGUGGUCCUAGCUGUGGAUCUUUAGGCUAAGCAUAAAGCUUUUUCCCCACAAAACUUCUAACAUCUGCAGAGAUGAGAAGGGAUUGCCUAUGCAUUUAGCAGGACACUUGCUUCCUCGUACCUUUCUUUGGCAUUGAGGAAAAGAAAAAGAUGCUGACUUUCUGUUUACUAGCCAGAAGGCCACAUGCCUAGUCUCCUUCAGGACACACAUGUUAACUCAAUCUGGGUUUAUACCUUGCUUUCAGAAACAACAGGCAUAAUGCAUUAUGAACAAAUCUAAGUUGUGGACAAAUAAGAAUGUUUCUGAUCACAAACUCCAGAACAUACCUCUGUUUCUGGCCCACAUAGUUCAAAUCUGUUAGAGCCAAAGGAAAAACAGCUGCAUAAUCACCCUUCUUACACACCCCUCUGCUUUAACAAGGUACAACAUCUUGAAAAGCUGGAAGAAAGCUGAGAACACACAGGCACUGUAGAUGUUUGUGUGCUGUGGCAGCCAUUGUUCCUGAAGUAACAGUACAGCACCUUUUCUUACUGCAAUGUUAUUCAGAUUUGUGCCAGCUCUGUUCUGUGGGAGAAUGAUCUCAUAGUGUUUUCAUGUUCAGUUGACAAACUUGAGACAGUAAAAGAUUAUAUAUAAAACAUUAACAUACAAUUGUAGCAUAGGAAUUUUUGUAAGCAGAAUUCCAAGCUCCUGACUAUACUUUUAUUUAGUAAAACCAUAUGGUAAUGAAGAAUUCUAGUGCUAUUUCUGCAACAGGAAUUUAAUAUUUAAAUUGCACACCCUUCAAGAUGUGGCUGCUGGGACAUCACCAUAAACAAGAAGCAUUAGGAUGGCCUGUUUUAACAGGGAAAUAUUUGAUCAUAAUUGCUACUUUUCUGAUCAUAGAAGAGCAAGGGACAUGAUCAAAGUGCCUUGGUGAACAUCUAUGAAGAAAUUUGCACUAAGCCUGUUUAAAGUAAAAGAAAAAAAUCUUUCUGAUUUUUGAAAGACACAAGCCAACACUACUGCAUUUUUUCCUAAAAGGAUGUUAUUUCAAGACUUCUGUCUUAUACCUAAAUAAACCUUAAAAAGGAAAAUUUAACUGACUCACCUGCACAGCCAGUGAUUGUAUAAACUGCCACUUUCACAUCAUCUACAUGGAUUUAGUUGAUCUUUUAGAAGAAUCCUGAAUGGAGUGAGAUAGUCUAAAAAAAUAACCAACAGGAGCACUGCAAACCUGCGAGCACACAUCCCUGCUCUGUUGACUCUUCUGUAUGAAUUAGACUGAAAACUGCACGAGGAUACUCAGUAUUAUCAAAGCAUAAGCGAUUGUGUAAAUACUACAUAAAAGACCAAACCUCGCUGGAAUAACAUCUGGGUUUAUGGAGCUUUUUACAUUGAAAAAAUAUUCCUUUUGCGAAAGUAAUCCUCCCCCUGUACUGAAUCAACCUCUGUUGCUAGGGGAUGAGUUAAUGUUCCCUGUCUGCAAUGCCUUCAACCACUGAUGCUACAGUAUUGCCGCUUAAGUAUUUGAGACUGGCCAUUUUCUACUUCUGACUCAAAGGGUAAGGCUCUCACAGGAAAGUGCCUAUUAAAGAUUAAGCAGAAGUACGUGCUGCUGUGACUGUAUCUCAGAAGAUGGGAUUGAUCUAGUCUGGAUCUAAAUCUGGAUAUCCCACUAGCUUCAGCAGAGUACAGCUGCAAGAAGCAAGACUAUCCUACUGAAAGAGAUACAAGAUUCAUAAACCACUUAAUGUAUCCUUAAUGAAAUAUGGAGCUGAAAUUCAGAUGAAUUAAGCUGAUUUUUGAAGUGCUUGAAAGGACACUAAAAUAAUUACAAGUUUUUUCCUUUAGUCUUUUCUUAUUGUACAAGUUCCAAAAUGUGAUGUCCUCCUGAUUCAUACAUUCUUGAUUUUUUCAGUGUCAACUUACUAAAUACUAUUCUCCUCCCUGUUUCUGACUGUCUGAUUGUUUUAUCAGGAGAUGUCCAUUGUCUUAAAGGCACAUUAAGUACAAGAAACUUAAGUUCCAGAAAAACUACUGAUUUGGAACAAAUAAUUUAAGAAAUUCAUAGACUGAAAAUAUUCAGAUAACUCUUGGGGUAUGAGUGCAAUUUAUGACACAGCCUGGUAGUGUUGCAUGCUUUGCUGGUUAGCUGUGUUAAAUACUGUUUCAGUAGUGUAAUCCAUGUCAUGCAAAGUUUUGAAAUGUUCUUUGAAUAAAAUGAAACAUAAUAAACAGCUAAGUGCUACAAAAAA